AUGAAGUUGUCCGAAAGGAUAUUCAAGACAUCCCGUCAUUAUUUGCUCCCUGCCUGGUAGGCAAAAGAUACACUAGGUACUUUUCAACAGAGCUUGAAGUAUUGUCACCUAAACAUCGAGGAGGGUCAGGUCUGUCGAAUACAGAACUCGACGUCCGCACUCUCAGCACGACUCUCGUUCGCCCAUCGAUCCCCCAAACCCCAACAGAGAUCAGAGAUGGUUCGCCACAAGAAAGACAACUUUUCGUCGCGAGGCAAACACCACAACCGCGGGCCUCCUCGUAACCACCGACGAUCAGAAGGCGACAACAACAACAAUGGCGCCGAAGGACGUUCCUCCCUCUCGCCCAACUUAUCCUCCUCCUCCAGCUCCCGUCCGGCCUUCAAAGCCGCCUGCUGGGACCUCGGCCACUGUGACCCGAAGCGGUGUUCGGGCAAGCGCCUGAUGAAGCUGGGGCUCAUGCGCGAGCUGCACCUCGGGCAGCGGCACUCGGGCGUGAUCAUCACGCCCAACGGCAAGCAGACGCUCUCGCCGGCCGACAGGCCGCUGCUCGAGCAGUACGGCGCGGCCGUGGUGGAGUGUUCGUGGGCGCGGACGAAGGAGGUGCAGUGGUCCAAGGUGGGCGGCAAGUGCGAGCGGCUGCUUCCCUACCUGGUGGCGGCCAACACGGUCAACUACGGCAAGCCGUGGCGGCUGAACUGCGUCGAGGCGCUGGCGGCCGCGUUCGCCAUCUGCGGCCACCACGACUGGGCCGAGCAAGUGCUGGCGCCCUUCUCGUAUGGCACUGCGUUCCUUGAGAUCAACUCGAGCCUGUUGAGGAGGUAUGCGGCGUGCGAGGACGAGGCGGCGAUCAAGAGGGCGGAACAGGAGUGGAUGGAGAGGCUGGAUCGGGAGUAUGCGGAGAGCAGGGAAGAGGGGGAUCCUGAUGACCUGUGGGCGGGCGGGAAUGUGAACAGGAGGGCACCGGUGGAGUCAGACGAGGAUGAUGAGGGUGAAGAUGGAAGCGAAGAAGACGAGGACGAGGACGAGGAGCAGGAGGAAAGCUUAGACGGCAUCUACCUAGGCAGUAAACCCCCGCCGCCAAAGAAAGCACAAGACCAAGAAGAGCCAGCAGCGAAAGACCGCUACGCUCUUCCCUGCGACAGCGAAGAAGAGGACGAUGACGCUGAAAUGGAAGCCAUCCGCCGCAAGAUCCUCGCCUCGAAGCCCUUCUCCAACCCCGAACCCCAGGAGAAGAAACCUCUCCAGACAGUGGCACGGCCGCAGCAACAGUUCAAGCCUGACUCGGACGCAGAGCCCGACUCAGACAAUGGAUCAGACGACGGCGACGACGAGUUUGACAACAUCAUCAAUGCUACGCCCCUGACUGACCGGAUAGGCCUGGUCAAGUUGGAAAAGGAGCGGUCUCGAAUUCAAACAACAAGCAGAACGUUCUCAUCGGGCGGGGCGUUGGCACCGAAGAGGUGGUGACCGUUGCAGCGAUACUCUCAGCCGACAUUAUCUCUUCUAGGUUGGGUAUGAGGAGCGGUCUAUUUUACGUAGAAUGUAUAUCAGAC